GAAACUGUAAAACCCUUUCUAGAAUAGUAGGCAGAAGUGUAGGCUUUUCUUUGCCUUGUGCUUUGGAGAGAGGGUCUUGAUGCAUAACUCAGGCGGGCCUUGAACUCUCAGUGGUUUUCCUGCACAAGUCUCCAGAGUACAUGAUUUUAAACAUGGAGAAGCUUCAGUGGAGACCACGUGCUUUCAGGGAAAACCAGUUGGAAACGGAAGACUUAGCAUCAAAAACCACAGCAACAGUACUAGAAUCAGCGCUGUGUCUUUCAGAACAGGGCUCCAGCACUUUUGGACACAGUCUGGAGCUGGAGGGGGAUGAAGUAAGGGCAACAGCUGUGCAAGUUUCAGGUCACCUCUAAUGAGAAGAGGCCACUCACUGUCCCACAGCGGAGAGGGAGGAAACCACAGCCCGUAGACCACAGAUGUCUUAGCUCAGGAAGUUCAUGGUCAAAGCCGCUGGAUGUGGUGGGUGCUUUCACAAGCACUUUCCCCAGAGGCGCCAGCUUCUCACGGAAGCUCACAGCCAGAUGGAGAAGCGGCGGAGAGACAAGAUGAACCAUCUGAUUCAGGAGCUGUCAUCUGUGAUCCCUCCACUCAGCCCCGCUGCCCGAAAACUGGACAAGCUCAGCGUCCUGAGGAGGGCAGUGCAGUACUUGAGGUCUCUGAGAGGCAUGACAGAGUCUUUCUUAGGAGAAAAUUCUAGACCUUCAUUUAUUCAGGAUAAGGAGCUCAGUCACUUAAUCCUCAAGACAGCAGAAGGCUUCCUGUUCGUGGUUGGAUGUGAAAGAGGGCAGAUUCUCUUCGUAUCUAAGUCCAUCUCCAAAACCCUGCAGUAUGAUCAGGGCACCUUGGUGGGACAGAAUUUGUUUGACUUUUUACACCCAAAAGAUGUUGCCAAAGUAAAGGAACAGCUUUCUUGUGAUGUUUCACUAAGAGAGAAACCUGUGGACACCAAAACCUCUCUGCAGGUUUACGGUCACGGCCACCGUGGGCGACCAAGCGUGCACUCUGGCUCCAGGCGAUCUUUCUUCUUCAGAAUGAAGAGCUGUAAAAUCCCAGUCAAAGAAGAGCUUCGAUGCUCACCCUGCUCAAAGAAGAAAGACCACAGGAAAUUCUACACCGUCCAUUGCACUGGCUACUUAAGAAGCUGGCCUCUGAAUGUUGUUGGCAUGGAGAAAGAGAGGGACAGUGUUAAAGACAGUGGUCCUCUUACCUGCCUUGUAGCCAUGGGACGGUUACAUCCAUAUGCUGUCCCUCAGAAGAGCGGCAAGAUCAAAGUGAGGCCAACUGAGUUUGUGACCCGCUUUGCCACGAAUGGAAAAUUCGUCUACGUUGAUCAAAGGGCAACAGCAAUUUUAGGAUACCUGCCUCAGGAACUUUUGGGAACCUCAUGUUAUGAAUAUUUUCAUCAAGAUGACCACAGCAAUUUGACUGUCAAGCACAAAGCAGUUCUGCAGAGUAAGGAGAAAAUACUUACAGACUCGUAUAAAUUCCGCGUGAAGGAUGGGUCCUUCGUAACCCUGAAGAGUCAGUGGUUCAGCUUCACCAACCCUUGGACCAAAGAGCUGGAGUACAUCGUGUCUAUCAACACGCUGGUUUUGGGGCGCAGUGAGGCUGGUGCACCAUCCUUACUUCCCUGCAGCAGCCAGUCCUCAGAAGGCUGCAUGCGUCAUCCCCAGAAGAUUUAAAUCCUUCAGAAACAGAGGGAGAUGGCCACAGUGUGAACUGCAGGAACGCCAGUGUGCCCGUGUCCAGGAAGGAGCACUUUUCACCGAGCCCUGAAACAGGGGAGCUGGAGGCUGCCAGGCACCCCCAGAUCACUGAAGCUGCCCAUACUCAGGGGUCACUCCUCAGUGAUGGUGCCCAGCUGGACUUUGAUGCGCUGUGUGACAACGAAGACACAGCUGUGGCUGCAUUUAUGAAUUACCUCGAAGCAGAGGCAGGUCUGGGUGACCCUGGGGACUUCAGCGACAUCCAGUGGACACUCUAGCGUUUGAACUAACAUGAGAGUCGUUUCAGAGUGUCCCAUUUACAAAACACUCCGUUCUUCCGCACUGUCUCCAUACUUCCUAUCUCCUACUGAUAGUCUACCGGUUUUUAUACAGCCGCACCUUCCUCUCACAGGGCUGUGGGGGAGUAAAACGUUUUCCUCCACGGCUAAACAGUCAAGUUCAUCAAACUCUCUUUACUUAGUGAGCUAGCCUGGGGUCAGGCUGUGGUAUUUCUACUAAAACUCUCUGACCAUAAAAUGCUGCCAACCGUA